AUGAGCGAGUCACUGUCAGCACCCAAAAUCACUGUCACCAUCAUUCUGAUGGCCCAGUCUCAUCCGCCGGCCUUGGUCGCGGAGGCCGCGUCAUCCCUGACCAUCGCCGACGCCUUCGCCGCGGCCGGCGAGAGCCCCGCCCCAACGCCCUCCGCGCUCAAUAGGAGGUUCAUCUGCUCCUUCCCUGACUGCAGCGCCAAUUACAACAAGGCCUGGAAGCUAGACGCGCACGUGUGCAAGCAUACUGGGGAGAGACCGUUUGUUUGUGACCAUGAAGGGUGUGGCAAAGCCUUUGUCAGGGACUACCAUCUGAGCUGCCACAUCCUGAUUCACACUGGGGAAAAGCUGUUUGUUUGUAGAGCUAGUGGUUGUGAUCAAAAAUUCAACACAAAAUCAAACUUGAAGAAACAUUUUGAACGCAAGCGUGAAAAUCAGCAAAAACAAUAUGUAUGCACUUUUGAAGGUUGCAAGAAGGCCUUUAAGAAACACCAGCAGCUGAGAAUCCAUCAGUGCCAGCACACCAAUGAGCCGCUGUUCAAGUGUGCCCAUGAAGGAUGUGGGAAACACUUCGCCUCACCCAGCAGGCUGAAGCGACACAGCAAGGUCCACAAGGGCUAUAUGUGUCAAAAAGAAUGUUCCUUUGUGGCAAAAACAUGGACAGAGCUUCUAAAACAUGUGAGAGAAACCCAUAAAGAGCCACAUUCUCUCUUUUCACGAGGAAAUGCGCCCAUUUACCUGUGAACAUCCUGGCUGUGGCAAAACAUUUGCAAUGAAACAAAGUCUCACUAGGCAUGCCGUUGUGCAUGACCCUGACAAGAAGAAGCUCAAAGUAAAACCAUCUCAUGAAAAACGGAGUUUGGCCUCUC